UGCUCUUUCAUAGUAGUUUUUAACGUUGAUUCCGAAAGUGCGCAACGAUAGUAACGGACCUCCAACACAGUUAUUGAUAUAACACAACAACAAACAAUUACCUUAAUUUAAAUUUUUUAUUUUCUUAUUUGGUGUGUUCAUUUAAUUAAUAACAAUAACAAUGAGUUUCCUGAAAGCAACCGCCGUAUCAAGGAGCUGCAAUAUUUUGAAAGGUUUGGCAAAUCCUAGAAAUUAUGCUACCAUUGCUGAGCCUGCAGCGCCAACUGUCAAAACACAGAGCAUACCGGGACCCAAAUCAUUGGAAUUGAAGGGAAUAAUGAGUUCUAUACAAAAUAGUGAACCAAUUCAACUUUUCGCUGAUUAUGAAAGAUCAAUUGGAAACUAUCUGGUUGAUGUGGAUGGCAAUGCCUUACUCGAUGUUUAUACACAAAUUUCAUCAAUGCCAUUAGGCUAUAAUCAUCCACGCCUCCUCAACGUCUUUCAAAAUGAUAAAAAUUUAAGAACUUUAGUCAACCGUCCUGCUUUGGGUGUGUUCCCGGGCAGAGAAUGGGCGGAACAGGUGACUUCAAUCCUUACGAAAAUUGCACCCAAGGGCCUCAACAAGCUCACUACCAUGAUGUGCGGAUCGUGUUCGAAUGAAAAUGCCUACAAGAACAUAUUUAUUUGGUACCGUCGCAACGUACGUGGUGAAAAUGUUGAUUUUACUGAAGCUGAAAAGGAGUCUUGCAUGAUCAAUCAACCACCCGGUUCGUCGCCACUCAGUAUACUGUCCUUCAAAGGCGCAUUCCAUGGACGCACUUUGGGUGUGCUCUCAACGACACAUUCCAAAUAUAUACAUAAAAUUGAUGUGCCGGCAUUCGAUUGGCCAGUCGCUUCAUUCCCGAAAUAUCAAUAUCCAUUAGAGGAAAACGAACGUCACAACAAAGCCGAAGAUGAACGUUGUUUGGCUGAAGUUGAAGAUUUAAUUGAAAAAUACAAUAAGAAGGGUAUACCUGUAGCGGGUAUUGUUGUCGAACCCAUACAGAGUGAAGGUGGUGACAAUGAAGCUUCGCCCGAGUUCUUCCAGGGUCUGCAGAAGAUUAGCAAACGUAGUGGUGUUGCAUUGUUAAUCGAUGAAGUGCAAACUGGUGGCGGCAGUACUGGUAAAAUUUGGUGUCACGAACACUUCAACUUGGAUGGACCACCAGAUGUGGUGACAUUCAGUAAGAAAAUGCAAUUGGGUGGCUACUUCCAUAAGGCAGAAUUCCAACCUUCUGAGGGUUAUCGCAUCUUCAACACAUGGAUGGGUGAUCCAGGCAAAUUGUUGUUAUUGAAUGAAGUCAUUAAUGUUAUACAAGAGGAGAACUUGCUAGAAACUGUGAACAAAUCUGGGAAAGUAUUGAAAGAUGGGCUCUUAGCUUUGGAAAAGGAAUUUCCACAUAUUUUAAAUUCAACAAGAGGACGUGGUACCUUCUUAGCGGUGAAUUGCCAGAAUGGACAGGCACGUGAUGAUUUCGUGGGUCGUCUCAAACAAAAGGGCAUACAAACCGGCGGUUGUGGUGAAUUGUCGAUUCGCUUCCGACCAACUUUGAUAUUCCAAGAAAAGCAUGCGCAUAUCGUUUUGGACGCUUUCAGAAGCGUUUGUAAGGAAUUGUAAUUUGAUAAGCUUAGCCCGCCAGCUGCCUCUACUUGCAUUUAGCAUAGUAUAUGUAGAUAAUAUCGGCUUGAGCCAAUUUGUUGCGUUUAUAAGGAGAAUGUGCAAAAAGUAUUGGAUUUUGAAACUAAAUGGAAUUUGUAUUUGUUAACUCUAGUAUAAAUUAUCAUAUCAAUUUUAUAUGAUUAGAAAAUAAAAAAUUGUCAGAAUUUUAAGAAAAUUAAAUCCUUCGCCGCUUUGGUGCAAAGGUAAAGAAAAUAAAAGUGCUCUGAAAACAUGCUUCCAAUAAAUAACGAAUCUAUUGCAAAAA